AUGAAACUAGUUGUGUUCCAGGAAUUGGCACCCCCAAGACCGGUAGUUGAAUUGAGAUCAGAUGGGUAUCAUAUCGAGAGGUACGAAGUAGUCUUGAGGAAGACAGAAGAAACCAGUCAUGAGCCUCGGAAAACACUUGAGCAGACAGACUAUGAUGACAAGUCAACCACCUGGGAAAUUGUCGACGAAGGAUGA